CUGGCCCUGAUCACGGUCGCGGCAAUAAUCGCCCUCAUCUCGGCUGCCUGCAUACAGGAAGGCACAGCCGGCUUGGAGUGCGAAGACGGCGGUGAGCAGUGGAAGGAAUACCGGCUUUUCCUGGGACGCAACGUCGGCGACAUCGAGGUUGUCAGCGACGCCGACUGGGACGCCUUCUUGGCCGAUAUUGUUACUCCACGCUUCCCGGACGGGUUAUCUGCACUGGACGUUGCGGGACAGUGGCGGGGCGAAGAUGGAAACAUCGAGCGGGAGCGUUCAAAGAUGUUGCUGAUCUUGGCCCCGCCGGACACCAGCCCGCUGGAUCAGUUGAACGAGGUAUCAGCCGAGUACAAGCGCCGAUUCAGCCAGGAUGCGGUUCUGCGUGUAGUAACGGAGGCCUGCGUGGCCUUCAAGUGA